CCGUUUGCCGUGAAGAGUGCGAUACGGAUAAUAUGUAGAAAAAAUUUAGUUCUUUGCAGAUAAUACUUCUGAAAUGGCCACGUAAAUGGUUUAAAUUCAUUGCAUAUAUUGCAAAAUAUAUGGAAAUGACUGAUUUUUCAUAUAUUGAUGUCAGAUAGACACAAUUCUGCAAACUUCUAUUUUUAUGUUGAUCCGUUGAAAAACUAGAACAAGGACAGUGUUGCACAGGUGAAUAUUCGGACUUUUAACUACAAAAUACGAUGACGAUGAAGGUAUAUCGCCAAGCACAAAAAUCCCAGUAGCAGAGAGGAGGGCGUGUCACAACACACUAGUAAGCAACGCUCCAGAAUUGCUUCGAUUUAGAGAUCAUCCAUCCAGUCGUCCAUCUACGUUCAGUAUUUGUGGUGCGGACUUGCGGGUGAACACGAGCUGUUUGCCCGCUCGGAAAUGGAACGACGUCUGGUGGGCUGCUACCCCAUGUAGCAAACACCGCACAAUCAACGAGACUGCUGCAGUACGGGGCUCUUCCUUCCGCUUCUGCCGGAAGGAAUCUACGGUCCUAUGUCGUCUCCGCAUCGGUCAUACAAGGAAAAACUGUCCACUGGCGAGAAGAAAUAAAGUUCUUCUCACUCGUCCGAAAUGACCGAGAUAAAAAACAAAGACAGAAUUUUGGAAGCGAUUGACCAACUCCGUCGUCGUAAAGCGAGACCUGAUAUUGACAGAAUCUGUAAUUUUGUGUUCAGAAGAUUUGGAGUGGACUGUAAAGACACACUAGCCGAUUUGCAGCGGCUAGUAGAGGCUGAAGUUGUCAUAAAAGUAGAAUACAAAGGAAACACGAGUUACAGAAAUGCAGCAAAAUGGUCAAAGUACGCAAUGUACAAACACAGAGAACUGCGUAACAGCACGGGAUCUACGGAGAUUCACAACAUUCUGAGUCGAGCAUUCGCGUCCUUGCUGGUGGAGGACCCAGAUUACCUGGACAUCGGUGUGCCCAGGACAGAACUGGAAAGGUUUAUGCUACAAGACGAUCCUCUGACGGAUUUGACGGAGAUAGAACUGAUUCUGACGAAGGAAACCAGCUCGGGAUUUCUGGUCAAGCUGAAGAACGGGAAUUACUCCCUCGCGGACCAUCCCGUGCCACCUAGUACUAGCCCGAAGAGUACUUCCCCCGUGAACAAUACCUCCAUCACCGUCCAGGCCAAAGGCACACAGCAGAGCAUUAGCGUGAAUGCUGCCGAGAAGCCGCCAAAAUUGAAAACGAGCAGCCCUCAUAAGGAGAAGAAACCAAAGAUAGAAGCACUGCCGCCUCCUGCGAUCACAACCACUACAGUUACUACCUCGUCGCCAGUGGCCACUACGACCACCUCGACGGCAACUGCACCGACGACAGCAAGCAUGGCGAAAACACCGACGAAAACUGCACCGAAAACGCCUCAAAAAGCAGCCGCUGCGAGUGCACAGGCGUCAGGGAGCGGCAAAUCGGCAGAGCUCGGCGCCAUCAAUGUCGGCGGCUACAGAGUCGGAGUACGGAGAAAGACGGCGAAAAAGGUGUUCGAUCCUUCGGACAAUUACACGCCGACACGGAAACGUGGUCGUCCGGCUGGAAGUGGUAGUAGCAGCAAGAAGGAAGUGCAGCAGACAGGCGGCGUAUGCUGUCUCUGCAACAGCAGCAGUAAAGACACCAGCACUCGCAAGGCUGCUACCGAGAAAUUACUCCAGUGCAGGGACUGCUCAAACAGAGCUCAUCCAAGCUGCAUAGUCGGAAAAAACAGUGGGAAGGAAAAACCACAGUUGAGUCAAUGGGUUUGCCAUGGCUGUAAAUUGUGUGCUUUCUGCUUUGAGACAAGUGAAAAUGAAGCAAUGGCAGUUUGUGUGGAGUGUGGAGAUGCAUACCAUUUGACAUGUCACAACCCACCUAUAACUGAAGAACAAUGGCAUACUAAGUGGCUGUGUUCUUCUUGUGAUGAUAUUGACAAGGCUGAUAUCAAGCCUCCUGUUGAUAUCAAACCACCUGUUGACAUCAAGCCUCCUGUCGAUAUUAUGCCACCUCUCGAUAUCAAGCCGGCUCUGGAUAUCAAACCAACACUAUCGAAAGUUACUACAGCUGCAGAAGUUACAUCAACUACUGCACCAGACAAAAUUAAACGUUUAAUAGAAGAAGACCCGUUUUUUAAAAAGUAUGUUCCAAAAGAAAAAACUCCUGACCCUACAAAUUGGACAGUAGAUGAAGUUUGCAAGUAUUUGCAGGAACACGGCUGUGCUGCUCAAGCAGAAGCUUUUCGUCAUCACGAAAUUGAUGGAAGGUCAUUGUUGUUGCUAACACGUCGUGAUGUGCUGUAUGAACUUGGUCUUAAAUUGGGCCCUGCCCUCAAAGUGAAUCACUUUGUGCAACUAUUACAGAAGAAAGAUAUCAGAAAAGUUUUCCCAUUCAAUGAAAUGUUGCGUUAAACAGAAUGGAAAUGGUGAUCAGUGGCUCUAAAAUGACCAUCCUAGUGUUGAUUUUCAAUGAUGUCAUUACUGGCAUGAAGAUGCUAAAGGCAGAUAAAAAAGUUUCUGUGUUUUCCAUAUUUAGUGAGUAGUUGGUGGUCUCUGUGAUGUACUUUUUCUAUGCCAAAGCAAGAAAGACAAUAAAAAGUCUGACAAUUACUUUAGAUUGUAAAGUUAUAUGGAAGAUUUAAUAAAAUCUGAUGAUAAAUA